UUUUCAACUCAUACAGUCUGAGAAUCCAUUCAUCAGAAUCGGCUGACAGCAGAGCAGAUAGCAAAAACAGAUAGAUGCUUUGAAUAUUAUUAUCAAAUAAUCAUCACUGGCUCAAAUAUUUAACCAAAUUCCAAGCCAUGGAGUUGUCUGAAAUACUGUACAACAAAGCGGAGUACAUUGAGACGGCUUCUGGCAACAAAGUCAGCAGACAGUCAGUGCUGUGUGGCAGUCAAAAUAUCGUCCUCAAUGGCAAAACUAUUGUUAUGAAUGACUGCAUCAUCAGAGGAGACCUGGCUAAUGUCAGGGUGGGCAGACACUGUGUUGUGAAGAGUCGGAGUGUUAUUCGGCCACCCUUUAAAAAGUUCAGCAAAGGGGUGGCAUUCUUCCCACUACACAUCGGAGACCACGUCUUCAUCGAGGAGGACUGUGUGGUCAACGCAGCACAGAUUGGUUCCUAUGUCCACAUUGGCAAGAACUGUGUCAUAGGUCGUCGCUGUGUGCUGAAGGACUGCUGUAAGAUCUUAGACAACACUGUGCUUCCUCCUGAGACAGUGGUGCCGCCUUUCACUGUCUUCUCUGGAUGCCCAGGUCUGUUUUCUGGAGAGCUCCCAGAGUGCACACAGGACCUGAUGAUUGACGUAACCAAGAGCUAUUACCAGAAGUUCCUGCCCCUCAGCCAGAUUUGAGACCCACCCUCAAAAGAUCUUCAGCAGGGUCCACACCUUCUCCAGCCAGUUCCAGGUCAGGCUUGGGUUGUGAAUGUCAGACUGAAAUGGACUCUCAGAGCUCACCUUCUAUCCUUCGUCUCCCAGAGGCCUUGAGUUUCUCUGCCCAAGGAAAUACUAUUAGCAUUUAGAGCCAUUAUAUUAUACUGGUUUUUGAAUAUGAGAAGGCAGUUUUUGUUUGCAGUUUCAGAUGGCAAUGAGAGCCCUGAAAAGUCUUUUAAAUCCAGAAAUCCUAUAAGGUGUCAAUACCCAACUGCACAGAGCAUGCUCAUGUUUACCACCCCAGCUAUUGUGGGUCUAAAAACUAUGAACACUUUGAUUUUCUAUUGAAGUAGCAUUUAAAGAAAAUCCUGGUCAUUGUGCUGCGGAAAAACUCAAGGUCCUCUGUUUGGCUGCUGAUAAUCACAGAGACCCACAUGUAGGUUGGUUGUCACUCCUUGGCAGCAGCAGUAGUUGAAGAUGAGGAGGUGGAUGAGCUAUGAAACAAAAGAAGGUGAAGGGUGGAGGUGUUUGAAGGAUGUGGGAACACAGCUUGUAAGAUACUGUACAACAUCCAUGGACCAAAAACAAGAGCAACAACAGUUGUGUUUGAGGAUGUUGGCUGUACAUGUGCAUUAUUCAUAUCCACAGUUCAGUUUUAGUUCCUGUCCCGUUUUGUUUUUAAUGUUAAAGAAUGUGUUUGUUUGCGCUCUUCUCUAAAGGCUUAUGUUAGUCAUAAAAUUUAUUUAAUAUGAUGCAGAAUUUCAUUUCAUUACCUUUCAAACAACCAAAUCAGCUGCAGCAUAGGAUGGCUCUCUGUGCUCUGCCUCUGUUGUUGUAAGCCUACAAUAGCCAGAGCCAACAUCUCAAACAGCAAAGCAUAUAAAUAAAUAUAAACACUCGAAACUCUGCCUGAUAGGAGCUGGACACUGUUUUUUUUUUUUUUUGGUAAUGUGUAACUAAGGUCAACUUUACAGAUGUUUUAUGAGGAAGGAAAUACUUUCUACUUGUGAAGCCCUCAAGCAUACACACGGUGUGUUUUGGUAAGAAAAGGCAGAAUGUAAACACAACUUUUAUUUGUGUAAAGGUGCCCUGCGGAAUUUUCUUUUAAAUAAAACAAAGUUGUAUUUAUAUUCAGUGUUGCUCACCAAAACACAGCGUGUGUAUCCUCGAGGUCUAACAAAUGUGUUGAAUGCAUUUCCUUUGACAUGAAACAUAUGCAAAGGCGAUUUUUCUUAAAGGUUUGAAUCCCCCCAUCGUUUGCAUCUUUGUUUACCAGUUUAGCAGACAGUUUAUCAAGCCACCUGCAUACAUGUGUGUCUUGCACAAGAAAAACAAACAGGGACUCACUCCUAACAAGACUCCCUACUGCUACAACAAAACCUUCCUUUGUAGUUUUAAUACAGAAGAAAAGCUGAGUUGAAGGCAAAAUGCUAACACUACAGUAUAAGAACAGGAUCAACGUAAACUUUGCAGGCUUGUCAAAUCUCUCCAUGGCUGUCCUCUGGCACCACCUAGUGGCUUGUAGCACUUUCUAAGAGAAAGUGACAUUUCUGUUGACCUUUGAAAGCUCAAUCCAGAAAUAAAGUCACCACAAACUCA